AUGGCAGCUACUUUAUCGGCGGAGGAAGAACAGGCUACCAGGCAGUUUCUGGAGGAAAUCAACAAGUGGACCAGUCAGCAUGGAGUGUCACCGCUGUCCAGGGAAUUGGCCGUCAAGUUCCUCAUGGCUCGCAAGUUUGACGUCCUCCGAGCCAUCGAGCUAUUCCACAGCUACAGGGAAACGCGUCUAAAAGAAGGAAUCGUCAGACUUCAGCCUCAGGAAGAACCUCUGCGCUCGGAGCUGCUCAGUGGAAAGUUCACUGUGUUGAGUGUGCGGGAUCCUUCAGGGGCCUCCAUUGCCUUGUACACGGCCAAACUUCAUCACCCAAACAAGACAGGCAACCAUGUGGUGCUUCAGGCCCUCUUCUACCUCCUGGAUCGGGCCGUGGAAAGCUUUGAGACCCAGAGGAAUGGCUUGGUGUUCAUCUACGACAUGGCGGGCUCCAACUACACAAACUUUGAGCUGGACCUGAGCAAAAAGAUCCUCAACCUGCUCAAGGGGGCGUUCCCUGCCAGGCUGAAGAAGGUGCUGAUUGUCGGGGCCCCUGUGUGGUUUCGAGUGCCGUACAAUCUGCUCAGCCUGCUUCUCAAGGAGAAACUUAGGGAGAGGGUUCAGAUGGUGAAAAUGGCGGAGCUGCGUCAACACCUCCCCAGAGACUGUCUCCCCCAGCACCUCGGCGGCCUGCUGCCCCUGGAGUCAUACAGCUGGAACCAGCAGCUACUGGUGGGCCAGAACGGACGGGUAGACCCAGUGGACGAGCUGGUGGGCAUCCCUAUGGAAGACUCUUCCAUUCACGUCCCCGGACCCGAGUCCAUGCGCCCACAGGAGCUGCUGACGCACCUCGGGAGGCUUCAGCGCUCAGGCAUCCAUCAAGAGUAUGAGGAGCUCCGCAAAGAACCGCCGCCUGGAACCUUCCAUUGUGCACAAUCAGCUUACAAUCAGGAGAGGAACCGCUAUGGAGAUGUGUUGUGCCUUGAUCAAACAAGAGUUCGUUUGAAAGCCAGAAGGAACGAGAGAUCAGACUACAUCAAUGCGAGCUUCAUGGACGGCUACAAACAGAGGAAUGCAUACAUUGGUACUCAAGGACCACUGGAAAAGACCUAUAGUGAUUUCUGGAGAAUGGUCUGGGAGCAAAACGUGCUUGUUAUCGUCAUGACAACCAGGACAGAUGAGGGCAGUCGAAGGAAGUGUGGACAGUAUUGGCCUCUGGAGGAAGGGGGACAGGAGGUCUAUGGCCACAUGGCAGUGGCUAACCAAAGGGUGGACAACCACACCCACUACAACCACACCACCCUCGAACUGCACAACACUGAGACAUGUGAACAGAGACAAGUGAGUCAUUUCCAGUACCUAAGCUGGCCGGACUAUGGCGUUCCCACCUCAGCAGUGACUCUCAUUGACUUCCUGGGAGCUGUAAAGAGACAACAGAGGACAAUGGUGAAAGCUUUGGGACUUCAGUGGACAGGCCACCCACAGGGACCCCCAAUGGUAGUCCACUGCAGUGCAGGGAUUGGGAGAACAGGUACCUUCUGUGCCCUGGACAUCUGUCUGUCCCAGUUACAGGACGUAGGCUCACUAAAUGUAUGCCAGACAGUGAGACGCAUGAGAACACAGAGGGCCUUCAGCAUUCAAACCCCGGACCAGUACUACUUCUGCUACAAUGCCAUUUUGGAGCACGCCCAAAGGCAGGGCCUGCUCCCAGCCAAUCAGUGAGCUUCAGCCAUGACUUUACCAAAUUAAUCCUUGAACCCUGAGAUUUCUGCAGUCAAUCUGUUAACCGAGCUGUGUUGUGUGACCAAUUUGUGAGCCCAGGAAAGUUAUCUUCCUCACAGAAGCUGUCUUUUUAAAGUAGGCCAUCCUUUGACAAGCCAGACUAAAACAGGACAGUGACAAAAAAAAGGCUUUAGUGUUGACAUUGUUUCAAUUGUGAAAACAUUCUCUCUUCCAACAAUGUGACGUUUUGUUUAUGCCGAACAUAUCUCAGACAAUACGUGGUAGCGUGAACAAAUUGCUCCUGUGUUGUGUAGUUUUGGGGUCUGGUCAGGCACAUUGGGUGAAGUGAUCAAACCUUUUUUAUAUUUUUAUAAUUUAUUUGCAACUUUUACACUGGUGGUUUAGGGGACCUUUUUAAAAAGGAGUAGUUCACCCCAAAAUAAAACUUCAAUCAUUAUCCACUCAUCGCAUAUCAGUUAAAACUCCACCAAAGUUUGACUGCAAAAUAGGAAUUUUUAAAUUCUAUUUCAGUCAGGUUUCUUAUGUUGCUAAAUGCUAAAGUUAACAUAGCCAAUGUGUGCCAAAAAACUGCUGUUGAAAAAGUUUUUUGUAGCUAAAUGAAUGCCGUAUAGGCAUAAGUACUGUACACAGACAGAAGUGUCUUGGUCAGAUGCAUGAAGUAAGUACUAAACUCAAUUUAAGUUUUGAAAAGAGCUAAAGAUGGAACAACAAAGGCUAAUAACUUUCAUUUUUUUAUGUACAAAUGUAUUUAUUGGAGUUUUAAGUGACAUGGGCAAGAUGUAAGUUUAAGACACUUUUUAUUUUGGGGUGAAAUGAUCCUUUAACUAAGUACACCAUUUUUUAUUCCAAAUAGGAAGCUUGAGUUCCACUUUCAUAACAAAAUAGGUUUUUUUGUUAGGUAACAGUUUUUACAGCUCCUGUGUCCUGCAAAUAUUGGUUAUAGCAAUUUUAGCACAUGGUAUGUCACGUAGAUGGUACGAGCCAGUCUCAGGAGUGUCGUACUGAACGCGAGGUGAAACUGCUCAACCGGUUAUCAAAAAAUGAUUUAAUCGGUCUUUUGCUAAGAAGUGUUUGUAUUCCUUUGAGAUUGCACUAUGCAUUCUCGUCAGCCAUAGUAAAAGAAACCCUGAACGGCAGUGAAACACACCCCAAAUGACCAGGUUGUAAACUUCUAAACGGCCUUUAAGCCCCUCUGUGCUCUUUAAUUAAAUUACUGUCCAUGUGAAUUCCUCUAGGUUUUUUUGUUUUUCCAAAUUUAUCCACUGGACAGCCUGACCUUCCAUCUCACCUAAAUAUUAGGAUUUCCUGACUUGCAGUACAGACAGUGACCAGUGUCUAUAUGGCCGCCUUUUCUCACUAGCAGAGCCAUCAUGCUUUAGUGAUUGUGGGAAAGUUAUUGCUUAGCGCACACACGUACACAUUUAGAGCAGUCUGCAGUGACUAUGCCAUUAAAGUGCACAUCUGUGUAAGUCAUCAGUUAAGACCUCAUGAGUAGUGCAAUACUUUUUUCUUUUUUUUACACAAAUCAUGUCUUAGCACUUUUGAAUAACUAUUCCCAAUGUGCUCUGACAUAAGUCAUCAUUGGGAUCAGACGACACAGAACUUAAAUCUGUAGGUCUGCAUGUGAUGUUGGGAUAACUUGAUUGUUAAAUUUAGUAAUGCUGAAUUAUAAAACAUUUAGUGAAAUUUUGGACAUAUGUAAACAUUUGCAUAAAGCUCUAUUGGGACAAAUCAAGAGGAUUUUACAGGGAACCCAGAAAAGAAUGCUAGAAUAGCUGUGCCUAUACCCUAGAGUCCUUUUUGGGCACUAGUCAGAAAUUUUGUCUGAAGUUUAUUCUCAUAAUUAUUAUUAUUAUUAUUAUUAUUAUUAUUGUGUUACUAUAAGUUCUACAGACUGUGGUUGUAAUCAGUGCUUUCAUCUGGUCCUAGUAUCUUGCCAUUAUCAUAGUACAUGUACAAAAAUGUAUCUGUGUGUUAUACGUUGCAUUAUGUUGUUGCCGGGUGAAAAAAAACAAGCCGUGUUCUUUGCUACAGAAUUCAUAUUGAAUUUGCUUGUAGUGAAACAUUUAAGUCUGCCAUCCUCAUGCACUCUGAUUUUAGAAUUAUUUUUCCUUUCAAUGAUGAACGCAAAAUGUGCCCUAUUUUAUUUUUCUAUUAUAUUCACCUGUUUUCAUAUGAUUAGCCAGGAUAUACAGUUAUCUACAUUCAAUUUUAUUUCUAUUAUAACCUAUUACUUUAUCAUUCGUUUGAGUAUUGAAUCAAGCUAUACUGUAUUAAAUACAAACUAUGUCAACGUA